AUGAACAAGCCAGAGAUUCGAAAGCCACUUUCAUUUAGAAAUGCCACUCAAUUACUCAAUACUACAGAGGAUGAUAAUAAAACAGUACUGGAUAAUGUGCUUGAAGAAUCGGGCCGCACUCCUCUUUCGACAACCAAAGGAACAGACCAACCAACGUUUAAUUCAUCAUCUUCAUCAGACCAAAUUUCCGAUGAAGUACUUCUUGCAGAACAAGUACGAAGAGAGAAGGAAAGAAAUGAACCCUAUCAAAUGUUCUUUUAUUAUCCAAAAUAUUUGCAUCCGGAGGCUGUUGCUUUAAUUGCUCAAAAUUUACUUAAUGAAUGGGAAGAAGAAGAAAACAAAUUAUCUACUUCAAAAAGCAAUCAACCAAUUCAUUUUGAAAAUGUCACAUCAACAACAGGCACUUCUUCUGUGUUGAAAUCAACAUCCAAACAACAAAAUUCAGAUUUAUUAUUAUCAAGCAAGAAAGGGCAAGGAGAACAGAUACCUACCUCCUCUCCACAACAGGAAGAGCUUGAAUCGAACCAUGAAGAGGAAGUUCAAGAUGAAUAA